AUGACAUCUCGUGGCGUGAACUUGAUCUUUGGCGGCGCCAACAUCGGAGAGCGAUUCACAACGGUCGAAGAAGUGUCUUCGGUCCUGUCCAAGCUCAAGGAGAAGGGAAUCAUCCGAAUCGACACCGCUGCUAGAUAUCCCCCUACGAAUCCGGGGGCUUCCGAAAAGUUGAUUGGAGAGGCGCAUGCUGCUCAACUUGGCUUCGUCAUCGACACCAAGGUCAACGUGGCCGGAGAUGGUAGGGGGUCAUUGAGCGCCGAAGCUAUUGCGAAGUCUAUCGAGGAGAGCCUUGGACGACUCGGGGUGGACAAGGUCAACGUUCUGUACUGUCAUCGUCCGGACGAUGCUACGCCUCUGAGUGAAACGGCUGCUGCUUUUGACGCGCACUUCCGGAAGGGCAAGUUCAGCGCAUGGGGAAUCUCGAACUUCACUCCGGAAUCGGUGAACGAACUCUGCCGAAUCUGCGUGGAGAACAAGUUCGUUAAGCCCGCUGUCUACCAAGGGCAAUACAACGCGCUCUGUCGAGGCGCGGAGGAUAAGCUGUUCGCCGUGCUUAAUGAGCACGGUAUACAAUUCAACGCUUUCAGUCCACUUGCUGGAGGCAUCUUGACCGGGAAGCUCACGACCGGCGGAGAUCUUUCAGACUCACGCCUACAAAGCGGCAAUGCUUUGGGAGCAUUCUUUAGGAGCCUGUACGACAAGCCUGUGAUCCACGCAGCGAUUGCUGAGCUUCAAGAGGUGCUUGAUUCCCAAGCCUUGUCGCUGCCUGAGUCAUCCAUACGAUGGCUCGCCCACCACUCGGAUUUACGCCCUGACGACGGGAUACUUCUCGGCGCUAGCCGGGAGUCGCAGAUCGAGACCAGUAUCAACGAUAUCGAGAAGGGGGCCUUGCCCGACACGGUGGUGGCGGCAUUCGGAGAAAUGUGGAGGAAAGUCCAAGCGGCCUCUUCUUGA